UGUUCCUCAAGUGAAAGUAGAAAAGUAUUAUCAUCAAAAUAUAGUUAAAGUACCAAAAGUAAAACUAGUCAUUGUAUGAUUGGUCCACCUCAGAAUCUUAAUGUUACCUCUCUUUUAGUAUUUAUUACACUUUGUUUAAUAUGCAGGUCUUUUCAUUUAUUUCCAUGUUUUCUGACUCCGAUUUUUUCUCUUUUCAGAUUCUCUUCCAAAUCUCGGAGGGCUCCUGAACGCAUCACAGAUCCUCCCCCGAACCCAGACUUCUCUCCCCCAAACUUCUCUCCCCCAAACCCAGACUUCUCUCCCCCAAACUCAAACUUCUCUCCCCCAAACUCAGACUUCUCUCCCCCGAACCCAGACUUCUUCCUUCCCCCAAACCCUCCAGUAUCUCCCCCAACCCAAACUUCUCUCCCAGAAACUCAGACUUCUCUCCCCCAAACCCUCCAGUAUCUCCCCCAAACCCAGACUUCUCUCCCCAAAACCCUCCAGUAUCUCCCCAACUCCCAGUCUGAUCUCCCCCAGUCCUCUCUCUCUCCCAUUAUCUCCCACACCCCACUUCCUAUCCCUUCCUCUCUCACCCAUCCUCACCCCUCUCUCUCUUCCUCCCAGAAUCCACCCCAUCCCUCUCACCUUCCUCACCCUUUUCCUCCCCCCCAGCUUCACUCUUUUCCUCCUCAGUCUCACCCAGAGUCUCUUUCUCCCCCUCCUCCCCCCUCCCAUUACUCCCAGUCUCACUCUGACUCUCACCCCUCUCCUCUUGCUCCCUUUUCUCACCCAAAUCUUCCUCACCCUCCCACCCAAACUCACUCUCCUUCUCCCUCUCCUCACCCCUUUCCUCACCCCUGCCAUUACUCCCAGUCUGCACCUUCUCUCCCCCUCACCCAGUCUCACCCAGAGUCUCUUUCUCAUACUAUCUCUCACCCUCCCCCCUCCCAUUACUCCCAGUCUCACUCAGACUCUCACCCUUCUCUCCCUGCCUCCCAAACUCACUCUCCGUCUCCCUCUCCUCACUCCUUUCCUCCCCCCUCCCAUUACUCCCAGUCUCACUCAGACUCUCACCCCUUUUCUCACCCUCAAUCUUCUCUCCUUCCCUCCCAGUCUCACCCCUCUCCCCCUCCUCGCCCCUCCCAGUACUUCCAGUCUCACUUAGACUCUCACCCCUCUUCUCACCCACAACCUUCUCUCCCUCCCCCCCAAACACACUCUCCCUCUCCUCACCCACAUCUUCCUCACCCCUCCCAGUACUUCCAGCCUCAUUCAGACUCUCCUCUUGCUCCCUUUUCUCACCCACAAGCUUCUCUCCCUCUCUCCCAAACUCCCUUUCCUCACCCCCAGCUUCACUCUUUACCUCCUCAUUCUCACCCAGAGUCUCCUUCUCAUAUUGUCUCUCACCCCUCUUCUCAAACUCCCCCUCCUCACCCUCAUCUUCCUCCCCCUCCCUCCCAGUCUCACCCAGACUCCUCUCUCCCUCCCCCUCCUCACCCCUACCAGUACUCCCAUAUCUACGAGGACCCUCUGUACCCCGGCUUCCCCGAGGGGGAGACGGGAGAUCCGGCUCCGACUCCCCCCCUCUCCUCCAGCAGAACGGGGGAGGAUCUUCCUAAAGAUGUCAACAUCCUAAAGUUUUUCUUCAACUUGGGCAUCAAGGCCUACUCCCACCCCCUGUGCCCCCCCUACUUAUACCUCCUCCCCCUUCAACAAACCUACCAGCUGAACCCCAAACCUCCCUCCCCCUCCCCCUCUNCCCCCAGACCCCAGGAAACCUACCCUCUUCAGCCUCCCUUUCCUCCCUCUCCAGCCUCCAUUCCCCCUCCCCAACACCAACAAUGGCAACAACACCAGGUUCCCCUACCCAGAAACCCCAGCUUCACGCACGCUUAUCCCCCCCAGAAUGCAUCAUAUCGGGGUCAGGGUUACCCCCAACCCUACCCUCCGUACCCCCCCUCCUCUCACCAGACCCCCCCAUUGGAGGAGCUCCAGGGGGUCACAGAGCAGCGUCAACCCACAAACGGAGACAAAACCCAGGGCCAGGGUCCGUGCCGAGUCCCUGCUCCUCUGGAGGGUCCUGCUGCUAACGUGGCUAAUGCUAACCCCAACAUACAAGUGGUGGUUUCUGGAUAUGGCCAUAAGAAGGACCGUGGAGACAGUCUGCAGCGAGCCGUGCUGCUGGUGGACCCCCCCCUCAACAACGACCCUAUAAUGAAGUUGCUCUCGAACCCCGACAACACCAGAAACCCCGGCUCUCCGUCACACUUUGACAUCUCCAAGACGAAGGUCACCGGGGACAACGGCAACACGUCCCGCAGUUACCACGGCCACAGGAAGUGGCCCUAUGGAGUCAUGGGUUCCGGUGGACGCCCGACGACCGUUGCCAUGGCGGAGUCUCUGUCGGUUGGCUGCAGCACCGAGGACCAAUGGGAGGAGGCGGCAUUUAAACCCCAGACCUUAAACCACAGGGGGCGAGGGAGAAAUUCGAGAGGGGGGAGAGGAAGGGGGACGCCAUGGACCUCAGGGAGGGGGGGCCAUGACUCAGGGAGGGGGGGCAACGGACGGAGACAAGGAGGCGUUGGGGGGGCGGGGUUUGACUAUGUUCAGUUUAACUCCUCCCACAUGGGGCGGGGCCAACAAUAG